AAGAGAUGUAGUUCUCCCAAAAUUUAAUUCGUUUACAAAAAAGAAUAAAAAGAAAAUGUUUAAAACUUACAAAACUUUAAUAUUGGGCUGUGUUACCUUUGUAUUAUUUAAAAGUGUUCAAAGUGGAACCACUUUAGAACAAUAUAAGGAAGGUGGACGCAUGAUGAGAAGUAUUUGUUCACCAAAAUUUCAAAUAUCACCGGAAAUAUGGGCACAACUGGAGGAAAAACAAACUCCUGAUGAUCGAAAUGUAAAAUGUUUUAUUAAUUGCAUUUUCGAAACUUCAAAAGCUAUGAAAAGAGGAAAAUACCAAUUGGAUAUAGCAUUAAAACAAGUAGAUAUGAUGGUUCCAGAUCAUAUGAAGGAUGAUUAUAAAAAUGGUUUUUCAGCUUGCAAAGAUGCAGGUAAAGGAUUCAAGGAUUAUUGUGAUAUUUCCUAUGAAGUUUAUAAAUGCAUAUUGGCUGAAAUUCCAAGUUUCAUUGUUCCAUAAUAUUUUAUAAUAUAAUAUGUAUAAUUUAUUUUUCAUUAUAUAUAUACAUACAUAUAAAUAACCAAGAGAAUAAUGUUUCAUUUGCAAUAUUUUGUUUAAUAAAUACUUACAUUUGUAUAA